AGGCGUGAAGGGCGCCGAGCCAGCAAAUCCACAGCUCGACCCGCCGUCGCCUGAGUUUACAAGCAGAGGGCAGAGGUAUACACCAUAGAAAAUAAAAUCUGUCCGGUUAUGAAUAGUAUACUGGACAACAUUUUACAGUGACUGUAUGACCAAUCACUUAGUGCUACAAAAUUACUCAGAAUGAGUUACAUCCAUGUAUCAUCCCUGUAGAAGAUUGGAGGAGUGAGGCACUAGUGUUGGCGAGGAGCCCAGGAAGUGGCAAAGAUGGCAGGAAUAGACCCCUUAUCCUGUACACUAGUGACACAGUGUGUGAAUUUUCAUGGCCAUCAACUCCUCAAGCAGCUCACUUCUUCACAUCCCAAGGAUUUUGAGACCUUGAAUCUGAAAGAAGUUGACUACAAAGUAUAUAAAGCAAGAAUUCCAGAAAUAAGUAAGCAACCAAGUGUGACAAGAAAUGAACUAAUUAACUUCAUCAGUGAUAAGUGCCCAAGUUUGUUUGUACCUCGAGAAACUGAAUCUCUUAAGGGUGGCGAUGAUGAUUAUGGAAUUAGAGAUCGAUCAAGCAAUCUUCCUCCUCUGGAAUACUUCAUGAGAGUUAUGAGUCACCUGAAGAGAGAUAUGUUCUUUAAGACAGUGCAACGUGGAGAUGUUCUUUAUGUGCGAGUGACUUCCUAUGUCCAUGAUCUGCUGUGCACAGUGAAGGUGCAGGCAGCUGUAGGCACCACUGUGAGGGAUUUGUUUGAUACUGACAUUAAGGCUCAUCUCCGCCUUGAGGACACUGAUCCAGAACCAGCAGACAGAGAUGACCUUGGGCGAUGGAUGUUGAGAACAAGGCUGUGUGUAGAGGUACUAGAGGUGGAUGCUAGUGAUAAUUACCUCUUAGUGGGCACCAAAGGGGUUGCCAUUCAUUCACAUCUCAAGGAUAAGGUCAAGCUGGGCAAGGCCACCCUCAGCAACCGUCCACCUAUAUUGAGUGAAAUGGAAAACCGAAGCAUUAAGUCUUACUCUCAAGCACUGGAGAAGCUGGUGACUUUCAACAACCCUCGCAGCAUAAGACACUUAGCAGGAAAAUUCAACCUCAACCUGUAUUCACAUACUUCACUGAUGGACUCUUUAAAACACAAGUUUUCGGAGCGUGAAAUGUACAAGUCAGUAAGGAAGGCGCAGAUGUCACGUUGGGCCCACAAGUCUGUUGCUGAUGGAGUGGUGUUCUUCAAACGUGGCCAGCAUGAAGAGGCCUUCCAGUGUCUCAACAAGGCUCUACAAAUUGAUACAGAAAAUGUGGAAGCAUUUGUUGCUAAAGGAGCUUUACUGGCAAACUUUGGUAGCUUGGAGAAAGCUGUUGAAAAUUUUGAGGAAGCUCUAAAGUACAACCCAACCCACAACAAUGCUCAGAAGUAUAUUUGUGAAACACUGGUGGAAUUAGGCAAACAACUUGAAGAGGAGAACAAAAUCGAAGAAGCAGAGAAGAAUUUCAAGAAAUGCUUAUCCAUCAAUCCUAAUCAUGCAGCAGGCAAGGAAGCUUUAAGGAAAAUUACACAGAAAAAUGAAGACCGCUCAGAGGUUGUUCAAGAUGUUCUUCAAGAUCUCAUAGAUAUUGAAGAAGAAUUCAACAGCAGAAAACGUCAUCGAACAUCAUCUACAUCCAAGAGUAGUCCAGCGGCAAAGAGGGAAGCACGUGGAUCAGAGAUCAAAGAACCUGCUCCAGCCCCAGAGCCAUCAACUCGAUCCAGGUCACGCAGCAAGUCUCUUUCUCCUUUAUCUAAAAAGCUGCAAAUGCAGGAGGGGAAGUGGCUACCUCCAACCACCAUCAACACCACUUCAUCGUUUAUGGGUCCCAAUUUGGCUGUUCCUCCUCCCACUGUUGAUUUGGCUGUUCCUCCUCCAACUCUUGAUGCAAACUACAAUUACCCUCCCCCUGGAUGGCCUCCCACCACCAUGGUCACUGCUCCACCUGUGACAACUAUGUAUCCACCUCCAACAGCCUACACAAUGCUGCCUCAAGGACCAGCUGUUUCAAGUUCAACCUACAGUAGUCGAGAGGAUGAAGAAUACAAGGCUCGUGUUGAUCAGUUUCUUAAAAACUUAGAGGAAGAUAGAUCUGUUGAAAAAAAGGAUCGUUCUAAGAAGAAACAUAGCCGUGGAAGAGAACCCAGAAGUCAAAAAAAACAUAAAGAUUCACACAAAAAGAGGAAUCGAAGCAUCAGCUCUAGCAGUGUUAGUAGAAGCAGCAGUUACAGCAGCAGGAGCAGCAGCUCCAGCAGCAACACCAGCAGCAGCAGUACAAGUAGCAGCAGCAGUCAUAGCUCCAGUGGAAGUCCAGUGGAUACUAAGAAAAAGAAACACAGAAAACAUAAGAAGCAAAAGAAACCCAGUAAGAAGGAGAAGAAAAAGCCUGAAAAGCAUGUCAAAAAAGAGACUGUGAAAGAAAAACCCAAAAGCAAUGUUCCUCCUGUCUCAUCAGUAGAAGAUGAUCCUAUCCCAGGUCUGGAGAGUUUAAAUGAAAAGCUUACAGCUUAUUACAAGAAAGUAGAAGAGAGUCAAAGGGAACAGCCUGUUAGAAAGAAGAGGCCAGAAGAAAAAGAGGUUUUAGUAAAAGAAAGAGAGAAGAGGUCAAAAGAAAAGGAGACUCUAGCAAAAGAAAGAGAGAAGAGGCCAAAAGAAAAAGAGGUUCUAGCAAAAGAAAGAGAGAAGAUGUCAAAAGAAAAAAUGGAUCAAGUUAAAGUAAGAUCAUCUGAUAAUUCUGACACUAUUACUCAGAUGAUGAAUGUGAUGAAGAGCUAUGAACAAGGUUUUCGCUUGACAUCCAAGACCAAGGUAGGAACAAGCUCAGCUCUCCCUACUAAAGGAGUUCAUCCAGCAUUCCAAGAGAGUGAUGAAGAUGAUAUACUUGACCAACCAGCUUCAAAUACUGUGAACAAAAAACAGCAAGCAGAGGAUGAGAAGGAUACUACUGGAGGGUCUGAAUUUACCAGAAGCACAGUGUUAGAUCAAGGAGAUAGCACUGUCAUAAAGAAAGGUUCACAAAGUUCAGCUUCUCAGGAGUCUGUUACAAAAGAUCACUCCGGAUCACGUUCUAAAAGUCAUUCAAAGUCACGCUCAAGAAGUCUUUCAAGAUCACACUCCAGAAGUGCCUCUAGAUCAAGCUUCAGGAGAUAUUCAAAGUCACAGUCAAGAGACCGGUUUCGAAGUUACUCAAAGUCACAAUCACGUGAACGGUCAAGAUCACCUUUCAGACACCAUUCAAGGUCUCGUUCUAGAAGUCAGUCUCGAUCAUAUUACAAGAUUAGACACAAGGAUGGUCGACCACAUCCCAGGGGAAGGAUACAUUCUUACCAGAGGCCAAGAAGCAGAGAUAGGGAUGAUCACUAUCAUGAGGGAUUCAAAUGGCAUAGACCUUAUUACACCAAUUCAAAGUCUCCUCGCCACCACCCAAAUAGGUUUCGAGGACGUGGAAGAUUUGGAGGUAGGAGGGGUGGUGCUUCUCUUAGAGGUAAUAGUAGGGGACACCAGGAAAAAAAAGGCCACCACAGGGGACGAGAUUCACCAGAGCCACUCAGUGAACAGGAACGAGAGAUGAUGAAACAGACAGCAAGGAAAAAGCUUGAAGAAAGCAUCAAGUAUGGAGCUGUUGAUCCUAGCUUUUGGGAAUCCAAUUCUGAUAACUUGUCAUGCACCAAGACAUCCAGUAAACUAGAUUCUUCUUGCCAAAGAAGUCCUAAACUAGAAUCCUCUCGCCCUAAAACACCCAGCAGGUGGGAGGCUUCUCGACACAAAACUCCCAGCAGAUGGGAAUCAUCUCGCCCCAAAACUCCCAGCAGAUGGGAAUCAUCUCGCCCCAAAACACCCAGCAGAUGGGAAUCAUCUCGUCCCAAAACACCCAGCAGAUGGGAAUCAUCUCGUCCCAAAACCCCCAGCAGAUGGGAAUCAUCUCGCCCCAAAACACCCAGCAGAUGGGAAUCAUCUCGCCCCAAAACCCCCAGUAGAUGGGAAUCAUCUCGCCCCAAAACACCCAGCAGAUGGGAAUCUUACCGACCAAAAACUCCCAGCAGAUGGGAAUCAUCUCGUCCCAAAACACCCAGCAGGUGGAAAUUUUCCCAACCUAAAACACCAAGUAGAUGGGAGUCUUCCCGACCCAAAACACCAAGUAGGUGGGAACCUUCCCGUCCCAAAACACCAAGUAAAUGGGACACAUCUCAUCCCAAAACUCCAAGUCAUGGGGCCUCUAAAGAGAGCAAAAAUGAAAGCUAUAAUGACAAUAAUGACAAUAGUCCUUAUGAUUCAAGUGAAAAUUCUCCUGACAGAACUGCAAGAUUUGGAAAGUGGGAUAAUGAUGAAAAAGGGAAAAAUGGAGAAUCUAAAAUUGGAAACUCACUCACAGAGAUGGAGACCUUUAUUCAAAUUGCAAAACAAAAAAAAAUAGAAGAGAUGAAGGAGAGAAAUAAAGAAUUUUUGAAACCAAAUAUUGAUUAAUAUGGCUUAGAUACAUUUCUCUAAUGUAAGUGCAAUGAUUAAGUGUGAUGCCUUUUAAUCUUAUCAACAAAUUUGUGAAUACAAUUCUACAUAUGAAAUAAGAUUGUAAAAUCAGCUUCUUGGGAUAUUCUCAUUGCAGUUUUAUUCUUAGCUAGUAUGGUAUGAACAUUGUGAUUCAUACUUUUACCAAGAUGUGAUAUUUUGCUGAGCCAUGAUGAGCAUGCCCCACAUAAACUUGCUUAUUGGAAGAGGUGAUAGAAAAUGCAUGAAGAUCAAAGGCUACAAACCCAUACCCUUGUAACUUUGCACUUUCCAGAAAGCAAAAGAGAAGCAAGUAUUUUAAUUUUUCAUUUGACCUUUAUUUUCAUUUAUCAUUUUGUUUAUUUUGUUUAUUUUUUAUUUAUCAACCUGUUUAUUUAUUAUUUUUCUAUUUUCUUUGCUGAUAAUUGAUUAAUUUUCUAUCUUACUUGUUUAGGUAACUAAUUAUGGAUUACUUGUUUUCCAUCAUCUCUCAAGGCAGGGAAAGGCAAGUUUAAGAAUAAACCAAAACAGAGAAAAUAAAAUUUGUAGAAAUUUAACCUUUUGAUCUAUCUUUAUUUAUCUUAUUAUGUAGUUGAGUUGUAAACUGUUAUGCAAGUGAGAAAUAAAUCAGAUUUGCAUGAUACAAAGCUAUGCCUUCAUGUAAUAUUGAUGAAAAAGAUUUUGCAGGCUUCUUCAGUAAGAAAGAUGAAACUUAUUAUUUGAAGUGAAUAUAAUGAAGCUACAAAGUUUGUGUAAAGUGAAUUGGAUGUAUAGAUGAGUGAUGUAUCGGAUACUAAGUUUUAAGCUCCGCUGAUGUGGAGGCAAGGGGAUAAUAUUGGGAAUGCUAAAACAUGAAUAUUUGUGGAUGCAGUUGCAGGUUUCUUUUACCUCCAUUUCCUCGUGUUGUGGUUGUGGAUGCAGAUCAUUUUUACAUAUCAUGGUAACACAAAGUGCAUUGUACCUGCAAAACAGCUAAAGAGAGGAGAGAGAGAAAAGAGGAAAGAAAUAAAUAGAAAGGAUAUGAUAAGUAAAAAAAAUGUGUAACAUAUUUCAGGAAUGUAGAUGUAACUAGGUAAGGGGUGUACAGGGGGCAAGGAGAUGGAGAGAACAGAAGUGGAAAGAGGGUGGAUGGGGAAAGACAAAAAAAGGAGUAGGGAAUAAUUAUUCCCCACUCUCUCUCUCUCUCUCUCUCUCUCUCUCUCUCUCUCUCUCUCUCUCUCUCUCUCUCUCUCUCUCUCUCUCUCUCUCUCUCUCUCUCUCUCUCUCUCUCUCUCUCUCUCUCUCUCUCUCUCUCUCUCUCUCACAUUUUUAGUAUCCUUCACAUUCAGUCAGCCUCCCUCACUCGUCCUUACAUACACACACACACACCUACCCACAACCUCUGUGUAACUUUGACAUGGAGGCAGAUCUUUUGUUAUCUGAAAAUGCAGAUGCGAAUAUGGAUGUGGAUCUUUUGCUAUUUUAAAAUGGAGAUGCGUGUAGUAUUUUCACUGUGGAUGCUCAAAGGAUGCAGAUUCAGAUAUCCGAUACAUCACUAGUAUAGAUGAUAUCCAACACUGCUUCAUGUUUUAGGAUUUUCUUGCUUAACCAUUCAUUAAAGUAGAAAUGAAUAAUUGCUGAAUUUAGAAAAAUGUUGAUGUUGCUCCAUAAACCAUUAUUAUUCUUAUUACUUAUGUGCAUUUUUCCUUGGUAAACAUCUUGAGCAUGUUUUACAUAUGCCUCAGUUAUUUACAAUGCAAAGUUUUGUUGUACAAUUACAGAACACUUAUAUUGUGUGAUAAUUUUAAUUGUAUGGAUUAGAUUUCUUUAUACUGGGAUAUUAAAAUUUUGAUUUAAAGUCAGAAUUGCAUUUAUUUAGUUGUAACAUCACUGUACUUGUGAUGUUAAAAGACCCUUUUAUCUCUCCCCCUUGCCCUGGCUCUCUCUCUCUCUCUCUCUCUCUCUCUCUCUCUCUCUCUCUCUCUCUCUCUCUCUCUCUCUCUCUCUCUCUCUCUCUCUCUCUCUCUCUCUCUCUCUCUCUCUCUCUCUCUCUCUCUCUCUCUCUCUCUCUCUCUCUCUCUCUCUCUCUCUCUCUCUCUCUCUCUCUCUCUCUCUAGUAGUUAGCAGACUUGGCUGACAAUAGAUUAUAUUUAUUACUUUUCUUUCAUUAUUAUUAUUAUUAUUAUUAUUAUUAUUAUUAUCAUUAUUAUUAUUAUUAUUAUUAUUAUUAUCAUUAUUACUAUUAUCAUCAUUAUCAUCGUCGUUAUCAUUAUCAUCACCAUCACCAUCACCAUAGAAAACAAUGUAAACAGCCACACUGAAAAAUGUAAAGAUUAUAUUACCACCAAAAUAAAUAAAUGAAAAUAAUAAGUUGAUCAAAACAUUAUGAAUAAAGUAUAAUAUAAAACUUACUAUAGCAUUUCAAAUGUUGGGAGAUCAGAGUAGCAAAACUUCUUAUAACUCUGGCAGGAUGAUAAAAACCUGAAGAGAAUGAGAAUUAUCAUUAAUUAUUUUACAUAAUGCUGAAAAACUACCCAUAAUCUACAAUGUCCAGCGUCCAAUUCAAAAUAAGGUAAAAGAAAUAUAAUUGUUAAAAGUAUGAUCAGUCGGGUUCAAAUGCAAGUUUGCAGAUCUUUGGUUUGAAUCCUUAACUGAAAGAUCAUUUAUGUUUUGUCUUAUACAGUAGUUUCUACUCCUCAAGCAGAGAAUAGGUCUGUAUUGUAGGUUGACAUCAUGAGGAAAAUAGUAGGCAAACCACUAAGCAGCAGUUGCACCUCCCCUCUUCAAACACUUCAGUGCAGAUCCAUCCAAACCCAAACUUUCCCUGCCUUUAUUAUCACUCUCUUGUCUCUCUUUUGUGACAUACACACACACACACACACACACACACACACAGCCACGCCACCCAGCUGAUCAGACGUAUCCACAGCAACCAUAGUUUUAGUUGUACAGGGGGGGCCAAACUUGAGUCCUGUCUCCAUAAUAGGGAAUUGUGUGAUGUAUGAGUGCAGGGGAAGUGAAGUGUAAACCAGGAAGUGGGCGAAUGGGUGAAAUGGGCGAGUAGUGUACAGGUAAACGUUGUCAGUGAUAUCAACAGGGAAGAUGGCGGCCAGCACAGAAAAUGUCUUUGAAGGUUUCAAGGAAGAUGACCUCAGUGUAGCUCAUACAAAUAAACGAAUGUGGAAAACUGAAGAAGAAAAUGUGAAAAUACGAGAAGAAAUACAUAGCUUAGCAGCAAUAAUAAAGACAUGGAAGGAAGAGAGAGAGAUGUGGGUGGUGACAAUGUAAGAAAAAGAUAUCCAGUGAUAUAAUAGAGAUGAGUGAGACGGAAAGAGAAAAAAAAUAAAGAACUAAGUGAAGAGGUGACAAAAACUGUGGAUUUAAACAAGAAGUACUGUGAAGAAAUCAAGAAACUCAAGGAAGAGAACAAGGAGUUAAAGAAACUUUUACAAGAGAGAGAAAUUAAGGCUGGGAAAGUAAGAGUUAGUGACAGAGGAAGUCAGAAGUUGGAAGGAAGAGAGAGAGAACAACAACAAAAGAUGGAUAUGUAGGAGAUAAUAAGGUAACAGCAACAGGAACACAAUAAGGACAUGAAAAAGCAAAUUAUUAAAAUAAUAAAGGAAAAAAAGUAAUCUUGUGAGAGACACAGUACAGAGAAAGAUGUAUAUGGUGGUAUUUGGGGUCAAGGAGAAGAACCUACCCAUGGAAAUAGCUAGAGAGAGAAGAGACAAAAAGGGCUAAAGAAAUUAUAGCAGAAGUGGCAGGAGGAGAGAAGAUAGUUGAACAAAUUAAAGGGGUUUACAGGAUUGGAAAGUACAACAAAAAUGGAACAAGACUAAUGAGAAUAAGUUUCAUGUCACAAACAGCAGCAGAACAUGUUUUACAAAGAACAGGAAAAUUGGCAAAAGUAGAAGGAAUGAGGGGAAUAUGGAUAAAAAGAGACAUGAAUGAAGAAGAGAGAAGUAAACUGAAAGAGUUGAGAGUAGAACCCCAGUCAAAAAAUGAGGAGAGAACACAGGAACAAGCAAGGAGAUUCAUUUGGAAAGUUGUGAACAUGAAAGUGAGGUAAUGGUGGCAUACAUACCAUGAUGGUAAAUACAGUGAGACAGUGGGUGAACAAACCAUCAGAAUGCAGAGGAGAAGAACCAUCACAGUCAGACUUAGUGUUUAUGAAAACCCCAGAAAGUAGACCAAGUAUACAUUGUCUGAGUCCAAUGGGAAGAAGUGAUCAUGUAACAAUACAAUUAGUACUACAGGAGGAAAUAGUGUUGCACAGGAAUGAACAGUUUAGAAAUGGGAGACAGAUAUAUGAUCAGGCAAAUUUUGCAGAGUUCAGUACAUUUUUAUGAAAAAAUUAACUGGAAAGAACUAUUUGAAGGUAAAGUAGUGCAAGAAAAAUUAGAUGUUUUUAAGCAAGUAUAGAGACAGGGUGCAACAGUUUGUAGCAAGUUAUAAAGUGAAAAUUGGGAAGUAUGAAUGGUAUAAUGCCAGGUGUGUAGAAACAAAAAAAGAAAAAAAAAACAGCAUGGAAGAAAAUUAUGAGAAAACUGAACAGAAAUACUGGGAAAGAAUACAGAAAGGUAAGAAAUUAAUAUGAUAUAAUAAGACGAAGAGAAGAAAGAAAUUUUGAAAGUGACACAGUAAGAAAAUGCAAGGACGACCCCAAACUCUUCUACAGAUACAUAAAUGGAAAAGUGAAGCAUAGGGAUGACAUAAACAAGUUAAGAAGAGAAGGAAGAAUUUAUGAAACUAUUGAGGAGAUAAGCAAACCAAUGAAUUAGUUUUCAAUCUGUGUUUACAAAGGGAACCAAUUUUGUGUCACCAAAAAUGGUAUCACAGAAUGAGGGAAUACAGGAGAUACAAGUAAAGAGACAAAAAAUCAAGAAACUGGUGGAAGAGCUGGAUGUUAGAAAAGCUAUGGGACCAGAUCAAGUAAAUGAAUGGAUAUUAAAAGAAUGCAGAGAACAAAUGGAAGAACCCAUAUGGGAUAUAAUCAACAGCUCGUUGAAAGAAGGAAAAGUACCAAGGGAAUGGAAAAGAGCUAAUAUGGUCCCAAUAUACAAAAGGGGGAAAUAAAAUUAAACCAUUAAAUUACAGGCCAGUGUCACAAACAAAUAUUGCAAGCAAGCUUUGUGAAAUAGUAAUUCGAAAUAGAUGGGUGCAAUAUUUAGAAGAUGAAAAGGUAAAUACAAGAAAGCAAUUUGAAUUCAGGAAAGGGAGAUCCUGUGUCAAAUUCACUGAGCUUUAUACAAGAUGGAGUGCAAGAGAGGGAUGGAUGGGAUGAUGUGGUAUACCUGGAUCUCAAAAAAGCAUUUGAUAAAGUUUCCCACAAAAGCCUUAUGUGGAAGUUAGAGAAAGAAGGAGUAAAGGGAGCAACAUUGAGAUGGAUGGAUUAUUUACAAGGGAGGGAAAUGAGAACAGUAAUCAGAGACACUGAUUCAAGUUGGCAUAAAGUGAAAAGUGGGGUCCCACAAGGAUCUGUGUUGGCAACUAUUAUAUUUCAAAUAUAUGUAAAUGAUAUGACAGAGGAUCUAAAUAGUUAUAUAAACCUUUUUGCUGAUGAUGCAAAAAUAAUGUAAAUAAUAAAAGAUGAAAAUGACUGCAAGAAGUUACAAAAGGAUAUUGACAAGAUACAUGCAGGGAGCCAAAGAUGGAAACUAGAAUUUAAUGACAGAAAACGCCACAUGUUGGAAAUAGGAAAAAGUAAAAAGAGACCGUGGAAUUACAAAAUGGGAGGAGAAAUAAUAACAAAAAGUAACAAAGAAAAGAUCUGGGAGUAAUGAUCCAGGACACACUAUCACCUGAAAAGCACAUAAACGGAAUAUUCAGCUCUACAUACAGCUUAUUAACAAACAUUAGGGUGAUGUUUAACUAUUUGUAUAGAGAAAUUAUGAAAAUUAUAACAAGCAUGAUACGACCUAAAUUGGGAUAUGUAGCAGUAGCUUGGGCUCCACGUAGAAAAAAAAAGAAAAACGGAAACUGGAAAGAA